GGCACGACCGGCACCAGUGACGGGCACAUGGGCAUUCGCGCUUCCGCUCCAAAGCGCAUCUCCUUUCCCUUCACGAUGCCGAUGUGAGGUUUCCGCGCCGCCGCCGCCCUCCCGAUCCCAUCGCCUCACGCCUCGACGCGGGAAAAAUGUCUCAUCACCACCACCACCACGAUCCGCCCCCGCCUGCCGCCUGCUGCGGCUGCGGAUGCGGGUGCUCGGCGCCGGCGCCGCCAUGCGGCUACUACCCGGCGCCGCUGCCCCAGCCGGCCUCCGGGUCCGACCACCUCCUCCACGCCAUCGCCGCCCACCUGCUCCUCAACUCCGGCGCCCCCCCGCCUUCCCCGCAGCAGCACCUUCAGCCCCAGCCGCAGGCGCCUCCCCCUGCCCCGCACCACGCGAAUCUCUACUCCUACGCGGCGUAUCAGUCCCAGUACCAACAGGCGCCUGCUCCGCCGCUGCAUCAUCAUCAUCAGCAGCAGCAGCAGACGAACCCGCCCGGGCCCGACCACGGCCAGCUGCUGCUCCACUCGCUCCUGCGCCGCGUGGCCGCGCUCGAGACGACCCUGCCGGGCUGCUUCCCGUCCCCUCCUCCUCCGCUCCACCCUAACCACCACCACCCUCGCCCGCAGCACCGGGCCUCAGCCGCGCACCAGGAGGAGGCCCCGCCCUCGCCUCCUCCUCCUCCCCGGCGGCGGCGCGGGCCGUCCGAGGCGGAGCUCGCGGCGCGCACGAUCCAGGAGCACUUCCGCCGCUUCCUGGCGCGGCGCUCCCGCACGCUGCGCCAGCUCAAGGAGCUCGCCAUGCUCCGAUCCAAGGCCGCGUCGCUCCGGGGUUCCCUCUCCGGCCGCCGCCGGUGCGCCGACCCUGCCGUCGUCACCGAGUCAGUCAUGCGCCUUCUCCAACAUCUAGAGGGGAUCCAGGGAGGGGACCCAAUGAUCCGGGAGGGAAAGCACGCGGUGAGCCGGGAGCUCUGCCGGAUAUUGGAGUUCGUCAACAAGGUGCUGGUCAAGGAUCAUCACGAGAACAAGGACGAGUAUCCUGAAGGUUGCAAUGGUCCACCCGGGCUGAAUCGCCCAACUGUGAACAAGAAGGUAAGUUUCCAUUGUAAUGGGGCUGAGAAGGAGGCUAAUGAAAGCUCUGAUAGCUCCAGUUCCGCGGAAGCUGAUGAGAGGAAGGGCAAGGAUAGCAAGAAGACUGACAAUGGCAAGCCUGGGCUUGCAGCACCAGUGCCUGUGCACAUGGAGGAUUUCUGAGGAAAUGAGAGUUAAAACGUCCUGCAUUCUGUAAUAUGACCUCAGAUUUAUUAGAAUCCCGUGUGGAUUGUCUUGCUUUUACAUUACCACUGUUCUUUUGCACCAAUGUUUCUUGAGAAAAGAUUGGUACCUUUUGAUUGGUAGAGUUUGUGCUGCAACUGUGAUCUUUAGAUUGCUGUAUGCUCCAGUUACCUAUCUGUUAGAUCUGUUACUGGAUUGUACUAUUGUACUGCUGAUAGUUUAAACAUUGAGAGUUCUAGAUUAAAAUUUUGCUGCACAAAAUA